AUGGCUCAGCCUCCGGAUCAAGGGCACCACCGGGCCUCGUCCAACCCGAGGACGAAUGGCCAUAGCCCGCUGUACCGUUUGAAUUCAAACCAGAGCAGCACGAGCAUAUUUGAGGAGGUCGAAAUGGCACAUGACGAGCUCUUUUCUGGGCCGAUUGCCGAAAGCCUUCCAACUAGCGUAUCCGCCUUCUCCCAUCGCAGACCCCGUGCAGACUCAACAACGAGCUUUACCUAUUACCAAGACGAGCCUGAGCCUUCGCCAACCUUGGAAGGGGAACGCCGAAGCAUCUCUGAUGUUGGUGAUUUUACUUUUGGCGACGAGGAUGAGAGCGAAGCCGACAUUGAACAUGGCGACACAGGCGAAGAUGACUACAUACUGCAUCACAGGAGAUCUUCAACACACUCACGAUCUUCUGUUCAUGAUCGACUAUUGCGUCGGGAUAGUGUGACAACGAGCAAGAGCCUAGGUGGUGACGGACGAGUAAGCCAAAAAGUUUAUAUGGUAAACGAGGACCUCACAAUUGCUAUAGCGGGUUUUCGAACGAGUUCCCUCGGCUUUAUUGUCUACAUUAUUCUUUGUACCUGCACUCUUGGCCUCUCGUGGCUGUUGCUGCGAUGGUUUCCGCGUUGGCAGGUGAGGCUGCUAGGACGUGCGAGUCCCUUGGCCGAAUGUGACUGGGUGGUUAUAGAGAACCAAUGGGGAGAAUUCGCUGUCUUGGGCGUAGACAAGAAGCUGUACGGGAGACCUAUGUCUACCAUUUUCGGUUCUAGUGAGAAGGGAUACAUGAUGGAUGAUGACUACGACCCCAUCAUCACCGAACUUCGCAUGCUGAAUUACCGCUAUGUACGCCUCUAUUAUAACCAGCAAAGGGACAAGUUUGUAAUGUUCAACGGAUGGGUAGAUCCGAGCUGGGCAGACCCCCGUACCGCACGAAGUGGCAUAGACAGCGACGAAAAGGGUCUUCGUGAGGUGGUUUUUGGCAACAAUCUCAUCGAUAUCGAACAGAAGUCAAUACCGAAGCUUCUUGUAGAUGAAGUAUUUCAUCCCUUUUAUGUCUUCCAAAUUGCUAGCUUGAUUCUUUGGUCUCUUGACGAAUACUACUAUUACGCUGUCGCCAUCUUCUUGAUGUCGUUUGGUAGUAUCACCACAACUCUUAUUGAGACCCGGGCUACCAUGAGACGGCUCCGAGAAAUCUCUCGUUUUGAAUGCGACGUCCGAGUACUCCGAAAUGGCUUCUGGCGAUAUGUAUCUUCAAGUGAACUUGUGCCCGGCGAUGUGUACGAAGUAAGCGAUCCAAACCUUACUCAGUUUCCAAGCGACGGUCUUCUUCUAAGUGGGGAUUGUAUCGUCAAUGAAAGCAUGCUUACUGGCGAAUCGGUUCCUGUCUCUAAAACACCUGCUACUGAAGAGACCAUGUGUAGCUUGGACUUGGCCGCGCCGACGGUCUCUCCUGAGAUUGCAAAGCAUUUUCUCUUUUGUGGCACUAAAAUUAUUCGAGCUCGGCGACCCCAAGAAGACCGGGAUGGCGACGCUGUUGCCCUUGCACUCGUUGUCAGGACAGGAUUUAGCACCACAAAGGGUUCCCUGGUUCGGACUAUGCUUUUCCCAAAACCUUCGGGCUUCAAGUUCUACCGCGAUUCUUUCCGGUACAUUAGUGUUAUGGCUGUCGUAGCCAUCCUUGGUUUUAUCGCAUCCUUUGUCAAUUUCCUACGAUUGCACUUGGCUUGGCAUCUCAUUAUUGUUCGCGCCCUCGAUCUAAUAACAAUUGUGGUGCCUCCGGCGUUACCGGCGACUCUUACGAUCGGAACAAACUUUGCAUUAAGCAGGCUGAAGAAGAAGCAGAUAUUUUGCAUCAGUCCUCAGCGCGUCAACGUGGGUGGCAAACUAGAUAUAAUGUGUUUCGACAAGACAGGAACGUUAACGGAAGAUGGAUUGGAUAUAUUGGGCGUACGCGUUGCCUCAGGAACUACAGGCAGAUUUACCGACGUUUUGUCAGACCCUACAUAUCUGUUGUCUGCGCGCCCACCAGAGACUGGCGGCGCGGCUCAGGAGUCGAAACUUGAGGCCGCUCUGUUUACCAUGGCAACAUGCCACUCCUUGAGGUCUGUUGAUGAUCAAUUGGUAGGAGAUCCACUCGACCUGAAAAUGUUCGAAUUCACCCGGUGGUCGUUUGAGGAGGGCAAGCAAAGCCCAAAUGAAGCAGAUGACCAGGACCAAGGAGGCCUUUCCCCGUCUGUCGCUAGACCACCUGCGGAAUAUAGUGGCUUGUUGCAGGAGAGCAACGAAGGUAAUCAACUGUUACCUCUAGAGCUUGGAGUCCUCAAGUCUUUUGAAUUCGUUUCUCAACUUCGAAGAGCGAGUGUUGUUGUUCGGCAGUUUGGAAAGCCAAGUGGGGAUAUAUACGUCAAAGGCGCGCCUGAAUGUAUGCGGGAGAUUUGCCGGGACGAUAGCUUUCCUAUUGACUACGAUGAACAGCUCGCCUACUACACGCAUAAGGGGUAUCGCGUUAUUGGAUGUGCGACUCGACACAUUCCUAAGCUAAGCUGGGUCAAAGCGCAGAAAAUGAAGCGACAUGAAGCAGAGUCUAACUUGGACUUUAUCGGCUUCAUCAUUUUCGAAAACAAGCUGAAGCCCACUACCACAUCUGUCUUGAAUGAGCUCUUGGAGUCCAAUAUAAGUACAACUAUGGUUACGGGUGACAACAUCUUGACUGCCAUUAGUGUUGCCCGCGAAUGCAAUCUGAUUAACAAAACGGCGCAUUGCUUCGUACCAAGGUUCAUUGAGGGAAAUGCUGGUGACCCCAAGGCACGGCUACAGUGGGAAAGCAUCGACAAUAGUGCGUUCCAACUGAACGACCAAACAUUGCUUCCGACGGCACCACCAACAAAUGUCGAUGCGUCACUGGCAUAUAAUAUCAAUGAUAUUCGCAAUUAUUCGCUAGCAGUUAGUGGCGAAGUGUUCCGUUGGAUUGUGGAUUUCGCACAUCCCAUUGUCCUGCAAAGGAUGCUUGUUCGUGGUAGGGUGUUUGCGCGUAUGUCACCAGAUGAAAAGCAUGAACUCGUUGAAAAACUACAAGAUAUUGGCUAUUGUUGUGGAUUCUGUGGCGACGGCGCCAAUGACUGCGGUGCUCUGAAGGCCGCAGACGUUGGCAUCUCGCUAUCAGAAGCAGAGGCCUCCGUUGCAGCACCUUUUACCUCUCGUGUCUUUGAUAUUGGAUGCGUGCCUACAGUCAUCCGGGAGGGACGCGCAGCGCUUGUGACGAGUUUCAGUUGCUUCAAGUACAUGAGCCUUUACUCAGCGAUUCAAUUCACCUCGGUCAGCUUCCUUUACGCAACGGCGUCAAACCUCGGAGACUUCCAAGUCAGUCACGUUCCCUAUCGAAAGAGUACAUACUAA